GCCGGUUAGGAGACUCUCCGCUAGGAGAACGAGGCGCUGUUCAAAGUUGCAGCCGCGAGACCAAAUAGAAAGUGCCGGGACGCAUUGUUUCGUUGUGAAUUUCGUCUUUUUUAUUUUAAUCGCAUCAAAUCUGGACUGCACAUCACGAUAUGCAGUAAGUAAUGAAGCGAGUGAGGACUGAGCAGAUCCAAUACACAGUGGCUCAGUACCUGAAGCGGAGGCAGUAUGUGGACACCGAGAGUUCCUUGAAAGGAGCUAAACUUUCUCACUCCGCUGAAGAGAUGGCAGCUAACCUUACAGUUCAGUCAGAGUCUGGCUGUACCAAUGUGGUCUCUGCAGCUCCGUGUCAAGCAGACCCUCUGCAGUAUGAGAAGCAGUUUGCCAAACUGCGGAACUUUCUGGCUGAGGCAGAAGUGCCAUGGGGCCAAGAAGUGAGCUGUCUGCUGUAUCCGCUGUUUGUCUACUUGCAUCUCGACAUGGUGCGCUGUGGACUAAAAAAUGCUGUGGACAGUUUUCACACCCGCUUCCAGGGCCUCUUUCUACAAAAUGCUGAGCAGAAGGAAACCGUGGAGCUGCUGCGCCAUGUACUUGCCGUUCAAGAUGUCUCUUCCAACCCUAAGCUCUCUGCAUUUCUUGACCACAAGUAUGUGGUGCACCUGACUGAUCCAGCAUACAGCUACCUCUUACGCUACCUCCAGAGUGCUGACAACUCUGCCCUCUGUCGGGUUCUAAGUGCUCAUGUGCAGGUAGAGGUAACUGCAGUCCAGCGCAUGGACUACCAACUGUAUGGAGGGGGUGCUUGUGGGGGAUCUUCCUCACGAGGGGUGGAUGCUGGGGAGGGGUUGGAUCCAGGCGAUAUAACCUCCAGCAUCUUUCAGAAUGAAGCAGCCAUGGAGUCACUUCAGGACUGUAUCAGGCGGGUUAAAGAUGGGCCACCAUCCCUCACCACUGUCUGCUUCUACGCCUUCCAUCAUACCGACCAGCUCCUUAACACUGCUGAGAUAUCUGCCGACAGCAAGUUGCUGGCUGCUGGGUUUGACAAUUCAAGUGUCAAAUUGUGGAGCUUACGGGCACGCAAGUUAAAGGCUGAGCCUCACACCGUGGAUGUAUCAUCUAUUCACCUUGCCUGUGAUAUUCUGGAUGAGGAGGCUGAUGAUGAGGACAGUGCUGGCAGUGAGAUGAAGAUUCUUCGGGGCCACUGUGGGCCGGUGUAUUGUACUGCCUUCCUGACCAAUAGCUCAGGCCUACUGUCCUGCUCUGAGGACACCACCAUCCGCUACUGGAACCUGAACAGCUUCACCAAUACUGUUCUCUAUCAGGGUCAUGCUUACCCAGUCUGGGAUGUGGACAUUAGCCCUUGCAGUCUGUACUUUGCCAGCAGCUCUCAUGACAGGACAGCCCGACUUUGGACCUUCAGUCGCACAUACCCUUUAAGGCUGUACGCUGGCCAUUUAGCUGAUGUAGACUGUGUCAAGUUCCACCCGAACUCUAAUUAUGUGGCCACUGGCUCAACUGACAAAACUGUGCGUCUGUGGAGCACUCAGCAGGGUAGUACUGUGCGCCUCUUCACAGGCCACCGGGGCCCUGUUCUCUCUUUAGCCUUCUCCCCCAAUGGUAAGUACCUAGCUUCAGCUGGUGAGGACCAGCGUCUCAAGUUGUGGGACCUGGCUGCAGGGACACUGUUCAAGGACUUGCGUGGCCACACGGACACAAUCACUAGCCUGUCCUUCAGUCCAGAUAGUAGUUUGGUUGCUUCUGCUUCCAUGGACAACUCAGUUCGUGUCUGGGACCUGCGCACCUCCCACACCAGCACCACUGCAGAUGGUACCUCUAAUGAGCUGGUAGGUAUUUAUACUGGAAAUACUAGCAAUGUACUGAGUGUGCAGUUCAUGGCAUGCAACUUGCUGCUAGUGACAGGUACAGCUCAGGAGAAACAAGAACACUAGUAUUUGAUUUGAGGGGGAGAGGGAGUGUGCUGAAGAUCUUGAAUCCCUGCUGUCAAAAACCAAUGAACCACUUCCGUUUCGCAAAUAUUGUGGGGAGGCUGUUCUGAAAAAAGAAUUUAAAUAUGAGAAAGAGAAGCCUUAAAAUGGGUCAAGACCUUCAUGUUUGAACAAAACUAGAUUUGUCAUCCAUAGAAAUGUUUAUACCAGAGUGUUUUUGUUAAACACCAGACUACAUUAAAAAAAUUGAGAUCUUUUUAAAGAGGUCCAAAUCUUGAGUAUUUUUUGGGCCCAGUGUUUUUGAGGGGUUUUUAUGCUCUUUGUCAAAUAAUACAUCAUGUCUACGCUGUAAUGUGAAUCAAGAUUGGGUGAAACUGUAAAAUGAACUUUGAAGUAAUUGAAUUUUUAUGAUAAAGUUAUUAACCAAAGAUUUAAAGUCUC